CUUAAAUUCCUCAUUUCCUCACAUUCUUUAAGAGCCGUUUCUCACUUUCUCUGUUCUUCUCUCUCAUAUUUCUUAUUUUCUCAUCUUUCUUUCUCAAUCCUUCUGAAGAAUUCAAAGUUCAAAGUAUCAACAAUUCAACACUCCUUCAAUCCUUCACACCUACUACGCAUUCCUCUCCUUCAUCAGUCAAGAUGGAACGAGAUGAUCAUGGUGAUGAGUUCGUUCUUGAUUUUAUGUUAUGUUACGUGGAUAGAGUUAGAGUUUAAGGCAGGGCAAGUAGAGAGGAAAUUUCCUACUCUAUGUGGGUGGACAAGUAAGAUUUUGAAGAAGAGAGCAACUGAAGAGGAGAUAGAAGGUCAUAUUAUUGGUCGUUUAGGUCCUGUCGAGGAUCUCAAAAAGGAAAAAAUGUCGGAUAUAUUAUGCUCCUCUCUCAAGACAAUGUCAGAAGUUGGACCGAAUGCUUUCCAAAAUGAAAAGCCCGAAAAGGCAGCUGAAGCAUUUAAGUGCGUUUCUGAUUUAUUCAAUAAAUGCUCAAGUUGUUGCAAAUUUUCUAUGAAUGCAGCUAGAUCUGAUCCUUAUUUUAGUCAAGAUGAUGAAUUUUGGCAACAACCUAGAGUCAUGGAUGUUGUGGACGAGGUAUUAGCGUGUGCUACAAUUGCUGGUGAUCUGUUAUUAAUGGAUGAAUUCUUAUUAGAAAAAGAAAGCUCUCCUCCCCUUGAUAAUAAGAGACGUCUUUCCACUGUCGCUACUCCUACUUUUUCCUUGGGAUUGAAUCAAACUCCUACUCCUCCUACACCUCUCUGUGGAGAUAUAGAUGAAAUGUAUUAAUAUGUAUCUUUGGAGAUAUUUUGGAUCGAGUUGAUGAUUAUGGAUUAAUCAUUGGAGAGAGAAAAGAUCAGUAAAAAAUCUUUCAAAGUAUCUUCGCUCUCCAUAUUGGACACGUUAUGGGGAUUUGUUAGGUGAUGUAAGAGAAAAAGAAAGGAUUUUGUCAUAUUAUUGUUUUUUUGAGAAAGAGCCAAGAGGGUAUGUAGUUCCUUCUUAUCGAAAUAUAUUUCAAUAUUUUUUCUUCGUCUUACAUUUGAUUUAUACUAAGCUUACUUUUUUUUUUUAGUGAAAAGUUGUUUAUGUAUAAAGACAUGUUUGCAACACGGGAAGAUAUGUAUUCACUUUCUACUGAUGAAGACGUUUCAUCAUCAGUCGUUGAUAUUUGGAGUUUGAUCUUAAAUAUCCAAAAUUUGCAUCGUGGAGAAAACAAACCUCAUAGAGUGUUCUUUUCUACAAAUUUAGCCGUUUUCUUUCCUAUAUGCGUCGAUAAACAAUUCUUCCUUGUGUGCUUCAACUUCGUGAAAGAUCGAGUAUACUACAUUGAUAACAGAUCUUUACCUGCAAAUUCUUCUUUUCAGAAAAAAUAUGGAGUUAUUUAUGAGCUUUUGGUAAUCUCUAAUCUCCCUGCUCCCUAUUCAUUAUCCAUAGUGCAACAUGCAAUAAUAUUUUGAAGGAGGUGUAACAUGUAACUUUAGUAAUUUGCUAAAUAUAUAUAUAUGCAUAUUUUUUUAAGCAUAAUGUGCAUUUUUUUUAACUUAAUGUGCAUAUUUUUAUUGAAUAAAAAACAGAUUGAGUGGAUGUGUCAUUUUAGUUCAUUGCAUUUUGUGAAUAUGUUAUUAUUUUUGUAGCUGAGCCCACCCAUUACCAAGAACACUUGUGGCUGACUGUCCACGCCACCAUACUAAAAUUAUGCAUUUCAAAAUGAAUAUGCAAUUUUUUUUAUAAAGUAAAUGUGCGUAUGUAUUAAACUAAAUGUGCAGUUAUAUUAAUCUAAAUGUAUUGAACUAAAUGUAUUGAGCCUACCCAUUACUAGACUAUCCAGGCCACUGAAAUCAUGAAUUUCAAAAUGAAUAUGCAUCUUUUAUAAAGUAAAUGUGCAUAUGUAUUGAACUAAAUGUGCAUUUAUAUUAAUCUAAAUGUAAGAGGCUAUAUAUCAAAUGUGAGUUUGUAAUCUAUAUUGUUUGCACAUUUUCAUAGUAAUAAGUUAAUUUUUAUCCUAUCUAGUUAUUGUUUCUCUAUAAUGCUCACUUUCAUUUAUUUUCCUUAAAGGACACUGCUUUUCAAGGUUUUCUGUUAACCAUCAAACAUCUAAAGGCUGGAAAAUUGUCUGAAAAAAUAAAAAUGUAAAACUUCCAUGGAAAUCCAGAUCAAAUUUAAAGGAUUGUGGGGGGUUUUCUUAUGAGGUAUAUGGAAACAUACUUGGGCAGGAUGGCAAUUGGGAGUAUAGCUUCCAAAAAAAAGCUAAAGAAAAUGUUCAAGCAUUACAGUCUCUAAGAGCCAAAUAUUGCAGCACAAUUCUUCUUAGUCAGCUGAAUGCAAGGAGAACAUAUGUGAUAAAAAAAGGUAGGGAACACUUGACGAAGAACUAGCUAGCAAGAUUGACUUGGAGAAGGAAUCAGAGAAUUGUCAUUGUUUAAACCAGUUGCUUUAUUUCUCUACUCAGACUGUCAUAGGAUCUCCAUAAUUUUGUUUGUUCAUAUCUGGUAGCUGCAUAUUAGAAUUAAAUCUUAGAUUAGGAAGCACUAGGUGAACCUAUCACACUCUUCCCAUCUUUAGAACAUUAAAUUCAGCCAGUUAGGCCAAAAAAAUGCUUGUUCUUAGUGAUGCUCUUAUUUUUGUUGUUGAUAGAUCUGGGAAUAUGAUGUGUAGUAAAGUGACAAUAUUGACAUGAAUAUAUGAUUCAUGAUCUUUUGCCUUGGUAGAUAAUGAGAUGUCAUAAUGAAUCUUAUAUCUCUGAAGAUGUAAAUAAUGCAAAUAUUGUUAUGUUGUAAGAAAGGAGUUCCUUGAUUUACAAGAGUUCUUUGUUUUGUA